CCGCCCUGGGUUCUUGGAGCAAACAGGAACAAGGAAGUUGAAGGAGCUUCAGAAAAAACAGAAGAGAGUUGCAGAAAGCAAAGGAAAGGAGCAAAAGGCGUUCCUGCGGCAGAGCUACUGGAACGUUUGGGAGAACUCCACGGGUGGACCGGACAUGGGGUCGCCAGGCCAAGACUUCGGUCAAGAACUGAGCAACCAGAUCAACGAUGUCCUGAACAGACUGGAAACCAAGGAGAUGUUCCAGACUGACUGGGAUAUCGCAGCUUUCGCCAUUUUCUUCAUUUUCAUUGGGGCAGUUCUCUCUUUGGUCCUCCUUGUUCUGAUCCGCUGCUUCUGCUGCUGCUGCUGCGAUUGUGAGCACACGGCGUCGUAUCACAAGGCUCCCAGAAAAGUUGGCGUUGAUAACCAGGCCAUGGAACCUUGAAGAGCAGCCGGGACAAAUCAUGUAAGCGACAGGAAAGAAACAGGGCAGCUCCCCGGGGGUCCUGCACUGAGACUGUUUCUAAGCUGGAUUUCACCUCUCGCACCUGAUGACGAGUGUGACUUGGGGGCCUUUGGCACCGGGGGGUUCACUCUCUGACUGUGGCAGUCCUUUACCUGUGCUCAUUUUUUCUCAGUUGCAUUAAACUCUGGAGAAACAGA